UAUGCAUGCUGUGUUUAAAUAAAACAAUCGAAAUCUACAGGCUCAGCUGCACCGAGGUUUUUUUAAGUAGCUUAGCAACACGUUUUUAUGUAUUGGCGAAGAAGAUGAAAUCAAGUUUUGCACAUUUUAAAUGCAAACUUUAUUUCAAUUAAUUAAUUGCUGAAAUAAUUUGAAGUUGUCAGCGGACUUUCUGAACGCCUGUGGUUUCCGCGCGUGCACACGUUGUUCGCGAGGAAAGUUACCCAGGCCUAAAUAUACACAACUAACAACGGUUUUAUGGAAAUGUAGUGUAAUAAUGGUACUAAUCUGUUUUCUGGAGCACCGGCCAAGCAGCUCAGUCCACUCUGAACAUUCAGGCAGCUCAUCCAUCCUGUUCAGGAGUUCCACUGCAAAGAGCUCGACACGCCUGUGCAUUGCCUAAAUCUGCAAGCCUAUUUAGCCGAUCGCCAUGGAGACCCCCGGACAGAAGCGGCCUAGCCUCAGCAUCAACUCGCCCCUGACCCCGAGCCGCAUCACACGGCUGCAAGAGAAGGAGGACCUGUGCAACCUCAACGACCGGCUGGCCGUCUACAUCGACAAGAUGCGCUCCCUGGAGCUGGAGAACGCGGGGCUGCGCAUGCGUGUCUCCGAGUCGGAGACGGAGGUCGGCCGCCAGCUGUCCGGCGUGAAGGCCGCCUACGAGACCGAGCUGGCCGACGCCCGCAAGUCGCUGGACUCGGUAGCCAAAGAACGCGCCCGGCUGCAGCUGGAGCUGGGCAAGGUGCAGGGCGACUACAUGGAGCUCAAGGCCAGGAACACCAAGAAAGAGGCGGACUUGGCGGCAGCCCUGGCCCGGCUGAAGGACCUGGAGGCCCUGCUCAACGCCAAGGAAGCGUCCCUGAGCACCGCCCUGGGGGAGAAGCGCAGCCUGGAGGCCGAAGUUCGUGACCUGAAGCCGCAGCUGUCCAAGCUGGAGGGGAGCCUGAACGAUACUAAGAAGCAGUUGCAGAAUGAAAUGCUGAUGAGGGUGAAUGCGGAGAACAAAAUGCAGACCCUGAAAGAGGAGCUGGAGUUCCAGAAGAACAUCUACAGCGAGGAGCUUCGGGAGACCAAGAGGCGACACGAGAAUCGCAUGGUGGAAGUAGACAGCGGCCGGCAGAGCGACUACGAGAGCAAGCUGGCGCUGGCCCUGGCAGAGAUGCGGGAGCAGCACGAGGAGCAGUUGAAGAUGUACAAGUCAGAUAUCGAGAAGACGUACAACUCCAAGCUGGAGAACGCACGCCUGUCGGCCAACCGAAACACCCUCCUGGUGGGCUCGGCGCAUGAGGAGCUGCAGCAGACACGCAUGCGGCUGGAGACCAUGUCUGGCCAGCUCAGCCAGCUGCAGAAGCAGCUGGCGGCUACUGAAGCCAAGGUUCGAGAGCUGGAGGAGGUGCUGUCCCUGGAGAGAGAUAGCAAACGGCGCCUCCUGGGGGAGAAGGAGCGCGAGAUGGCAAACAUGCGCCAGCGCAUGCAGGAGCAGUUGGACGAGUACCAGGAGCUGCUGGACAUCAAGCUGGCCCUGGACAUGGAGAUCUGUGCCUACAGGAAGCUGCUGGAGGGUGAAGAGGAGAGGUUGCAACUGUCCCCAAGCCCUUCACCAACGCCGGUCACUGUGACACGCAGCUCUACUUCCCGUGUGGCCCACUCUGGCUCUGCCCACUCUGGCUCUGCCCACUCUGGCUCUGUCAAGUCUGGGACCGCCCACUCUGGCUCCGCCCACUCUGGCUUUGUCAAGUCUGGCUCCGCCCACUCUGGCUCUGUCAAGUCUGGGACCGCCCACUCUGGCUCCGUCAAGUGUGGGACCGCCCACUGCAGUGCCACCAUCUCCGCUGACCUUGCCAUCCCCAGCGCCGUCACCUCCAGUAGCCAGACCUCAUCGGCCAAGAAACGCCGUCUGAACGACACGGACAGCGAGGCCUCCAGCACGGUGGGGGGGGCCGUGACACACACCCGCAUCUCCCAAAAGGCCUCCGCCAGCGGCCGCGUCACUGUGGACGAGGUGGACCUGGAGGGGAAGUUUGUGCGGCUGAGCAACAAGGCCGACCAGGAUCAGCCUCUAGGUAACUGGCUGGUGAAGAGGCAGGUGCACCGCCAAGCAGUUCAAACCUACAAGUUCCCCUCCAAGUUCAUUCUGAAGGCUGGUGCGACCGUUACGAUUUGGGCAGCUGGGUCUGGUGCCAUCGACAAACCUCCUUCUGACCUGGUGUGGAAGGCUGAGAACUCGUGGAAGACUGGAGACGAGUUCCAGACCACCCUGUUCAGCUCCAGUGGGAAGGAGAUGGCGAUGAGAAUGGUCAGCCGGAGACUACUGCAGGACGACGACGGCGGUCAUGAUGUCGUAGGGAAAGACGCAGCUCACAGCACUGCUGUUGAUAACGAGUACAACCUCCGCAACCGUACUGUGGUCUGCACCUCGUGCGGCCAUUCGACUGGCGGCCAUGGCGGCCAUGGUGGCCCCGGCUCCAAUGUGACCAUCUCCCGCUCCUUCCUCAGUGAGGGUGGGGGCCUUCCUGAGGGGCUGGUGCCCCGUUCCCUCGUGGUGGUGGGCAACAAUUCAGCCCGGCAGAGCUCCCCCAGAGCAGACAGCUGCUCCGUCAUGUGACCACGUGGGAGGCCAUUCUGCUGGUCCGGGCUGCUGUGACCCUCGGCUGCGGAAGGUUUUCUCUCCAAACAAACGAAAAUUAAAAACAAAAAAAAAACAGGGGUUUUUCUUUUACACGUAACAUUUUGUUUUGGGUGUGGGGUAUAAUAAGCUAUAGUCCCAGCUUUGUGUGUUACCACUUACUUUGUUUAUUUUGACUGAGCGGGGGGGAGGGGGGGACGUUAGGCCUGUCUGGGCUGCUGCAGUCUGACCCACCUCUGGUCCACUUUUCCUUCUUGGCUGUCAUCAGUGAACACGCACAGCUCAUGAGCCCCCAGCAGGGGGUGUCAGACUGCCGCAGGCCAGGCUCUUCCUGUACCUGCCAUCAUUAUUCCUGAUGGGAUCUCCAGUUUGCCGUGACUCUGUUAUUACACUGGUUAUGAUAACCAGUAUGGUUAGUCUGGUUAGAGGUGGCAGUGCGGCUGACGAGGGGUCAGAGGAGAACUGGACAGCCACGUUUGAGGGCCCCUGCUUUGUGAAUGCGCGUGUAUAGCCCCUCAGAUCACCAUACCCUACCUGAGAGAGAACCUGCAAUUUUUGUUACUGCUCUGCUUGGGAUGGUCUGUGAGGGCAGGUUAGCUGAUUAAAAGAAAAGUUUAUAUAAGAUGUGAAAAAUAAUUAAAUUCAGAUUAGAUUUGAAAGUUUGAAAAUGCUAGCCUUUGUUACUCAUGAUGUGAUUUUCGUUUCUGUGAUAUUAGGGCAGCUGGUACCGAGACAGUUAGAAAAUGGUUGGGCUUUACUCAUGGUUUGUUUUAAGUUUUAAAGGAACUGAGCUCAGGUAUUUUUAUUAUUAUUUUUUAAUUAUUUCGAAGUGUUGGCUUUAUUAAGAAGGGGUUACAGGUCAUGAUGAAGUUACUUGGAUGUGCAGUUUGGCAGAAUGUUGGGUAGAUUUCAUUUUGCUGGACAUUAUGGAGCAUAUGAUGUGUCGAUGUCAUCGUUUUAUUUCCUGCAAAUUAAUGUGGAGCAACUGCCAGUUAUGCUAUCAGUGUUGAAAAAUAUUUGUGUAGUUUUUUUUUUUUUUUUUUUUUUUAAAGGGCUUCUUGCCAAUUAAAACUAAAUACCUGCUGUACUGCCAAAGCGACAGAAAUGGCUCAGUGACCAUCUAACGAAUCGUGGCCUAAUUGUCAGAGGUACUUCAUUAUUGUAUGAAGCACUUGUUGAACUCUUGAUGUGCCUUAAAGUGUUUAAUUCCUAAGCAGCAGACCAAAGAUCAGGGUAACUCCAUAAAGCAGUGAUCCCCAGUGACCAUGCCCUGAGCGCAGUGCUCUGUGACCCCCAAACGCUCACCGCACUGAUACACUGUGACAUUUCACACCACUGGGCAUUUCGCUUCCUGCUCAGCCUCCUCACAGCGCCGCCCAUGUCCCUCUCUCUCCUUCUAAUGUGUCGCUAGGCUAUUCGGAAAAUGCCAGUCACGACUUGCUCGCUCGCUUGUAGGAAAGGUACGUGUGUGUCCGUGGGAAAGGGGGGGGGGGGUUCGGGGGCUGUAUUUAGUACUGAAGUUUGUCUGAUUUUUAAAGCCCACCCCCCAUAUCAUGCUAAAAAUGGUGCUUUAUGAAAAUUUUGUAUUUACGCCUCACAAAAAAAAUAUUUUCAACACCCCAUGGUGUUAUAACUCAUUAUAAUAAACUUGUAGAAAGUAAAUUUUUUUUUGUAUUACUGUUUUAUAUGAAAAUGCAGAUGCCUGCUUGAGAAAACAAAUUACUAGAAAAAUGAAAUGUCGGCCGAUAGCAGCAUCCCUGCUCUUUAGGGAAAAAAUGAAGGCAAAAUUUAUUUUGGGUUAUCAGUCACAGCUUAUUGUAAAAUGCUGCCUGUAGCAUAAACCACAGAGUCUCUGUUUGCUGGGACAGUGUUCUGCUGCAUACCCACCAUCGGCCACAUGGGGCAGCAGAUCCCAGACUCACCUGAUUUCCUACAGUACUUGUAUGUUAAUGUGGGUAUCAUCAGAGAGUCAAAAAGCCCAGUUGCUUCCCCAAUUGUAAUAAUAAUGAUGAUGAAAAAUACAAGAUGGUAAGUAGAGCUGUGUUUGUUAUGCAGUACUGCUACUGCAACAUAAUGGAAAUUAUAUUAACGUUUGUGCCAUUAAAUCAAGGGGAGACGUUUUUGUACCUACAAAGAAAUUUGACCUGCAAACUCAGCACUUAUUGCCGACAGCUUCUGGGCUACAUGCAUUAUUUUCUGUUCACAAGAAAAUGCUGUUACUGAUAUCUGUGAUUUUCUAAAUAAACCUCUUUCAUAAACCA